AUGAAGAAACAAGAAGAUCUCAUGAUGGAUCCUGGAGUAACCAGUAAAUAUCUCCUUGCUGGCAGAAUUCAUUUUUUAGAUCUCAAGCUUGAGGAUGAACUCAAGGACAUCAUGGUUUCACAUAAGUUCAUGGCAAUGAGGUAUGGUGGCAGUGUGCAAGAGACCACUCCAAAUAUACCAAAGGUGAACUUUGACAAACAUGGUUUUGACAACUUCAUGUACUGCAAUAUGGACACUCACUCAAUGGCACCAGAGAUUCCAGGGGCUGGUGGCCUUCUUUUCAACCCUGAUCAUGUACCAGGUUUUACAGGAAUCAAGUACCGACUUUAUAUGUAUGAGGACCAAGUGUGGCUUGCAGCCAUGUAA